UGGAUGGAUGGAUGAACUGGUGGAUAGAUAGACUGAUGGAUGGAGGGAGAGAGGGAUGACGGACAGACUGAUUGAUGGAUGAACAGACUGAUAGAUAGAUAGAUAGAUAGAUAGAUAGAUAGAUAGAUAGAUAGAUAGAUAGAUAGAUAGAUAGAUAGAUAGAUAGCAAUUUUUGAUUGACAAUUGAAUUUGGUUCUGCUUCUACAAUUUAUAGGUAAAUAAUUAGACACAAAUUUGUCGUUUCAUCAAGAGAACAGGAGGUGCAAAAAAUAAAGGAUAAAUGUUUAUGGGAAACUGUACAUUGUCCCCCUGUUAGUCAUUAAUAUCUGCAGACUGAUCAGAGUAACAGUUAUUCAACACAUUACUGAUCAACCUGACAUACAUGAUGUUAAAUCUGGACUGUGACAACCACGAGCUCUCUGAGGUCAGAGUGUUUCCGCUCAGGUAAGAGCUCGUCCGCCGCAGUCCCGCUGUGUUUUGACUGUGUCCGGCUGUUGGUUUAGUGCUUUAAAGAGCCUCUCAGCUGUCAAACACUCAAUGUGACGUGUUAGUUUUCGGCCUAGUGUUCUCUGCCAGAUCUGUGUGGAGAUUCCCUCAGGCACAGAGAGGGUUAAAAAGAGCCUUUCCAUGUGAAAUCCCUUCGUAGACGUUUUUUUCUACGCAUCAGUUGGGGAGCUCUGAAAGCAAGCCGUGAGAAAAUGAGGUGAAAUCAGUGCAGAGAGAAGCACAGAAGUGAAGCGGCGGACUGAAGAUCCUCACAUGAUAGUGCUUACAGACACAUCCCUCUCCGGCGGUCACACACUCUCUCCACUGCACUGGGAACUUUGGGAACAGCAUCCCAUGCUGGUGUGAAGACUUUCUGUAGCACUCAGGACAUCCUCAAACAGGUCAAUGGCGAGGAUAUCGACUCAUAAGUGCAUGCUGGUCUUGACCUUGACCUUCCUGGUCUGUGAGAUUGUGGUCGGCCGAAUCUGCAGAUCCCUACUGAUCGCGGUGGACAGCUUCCACACGCUCUAUGUCUUCAUACAUUUGUCUCUAUCCGCAUUAAAGCAUCAUCCUAAUUCUACCUCCACCACCACUGGUUCCUCCCUUCCAAACAUCUCCGCUUCUGAAGGCCCGAGUCCUCUGUACGAUGAGCAGCACUACAGAAGGAUGCGUCUCGAGCCGUUUGGCAUCCUGAUCUCAGCUCUGUUAAUGGCGUCUCAGUGCGUCUCCAUUAGUCUGGAGAUUCUCACUCACCUCGUGCAGCCAGAAGCCAUUCAACACCCACUCUUGUCUAUUGUGGUUGGAGGAGUUAGUCUGUUAUUCAAUAUACUCGUGUUGGCCUGGAGAAGGAAGAGCAGCGGGAUGGAUGAAGCUGCUGAUGGGAUCAACAAGUGCCUGAUGCGAAACGACCCUCAUUCUACAUCAGAAAGCAAAGAAAGCGCUCUCCAGGACGACGCACUGAUGUUCUGCAACCCUGAAGCUUCUAGUGUUUUGGAUCCAGAUCAAGGCUCUCAGGACGGCUCUUCUGAGUUACCAAACCUCAGCGUCAUUAAACCAGUUUCUGAGUCCAAUUCCGGGAUCGGUGAAAGUUCUCAGGAAAUCAUUCAGCCUGCAGAGCAACUUCCAGAAGAACCUCAUCACUCCACCUGCACCGAACACUCUGUUUCCCAGUGUAUCCCUAAAGGAUCCAGGUUUAGAAGACUGCAGCUCGGCUCCAUCAGUGUGGUCCAGGACCUUCUGUGUUCAGUGCUCAUUGUGACUAACGGUCUGGUUCUCCUGCUCUCUGAAGCGCACUGCCAUCGGCCUCACUCGGACUGUCAUCUCCUGGUCUAUAUGGACGCAGGUUUCUCCACAGUGGGUGUGCUGGUGCUGUUAUCCACGGCCCUGCCGAAGCUGCACCGCUAUGGGCUGCUGGUUCUCCAGGCGCCGCCGCUGCAUCUCUCCGUCGGUCAGGUGCGGCUUUGCCUCAGUGAAGUGCCGGGCGUGUUGUCGGUUCACGAGCUGCACGUGUGGCAGCUGUCAGACGCGCUGAUGGUGGCGUCGCUGCACGUGCACUGUCCUGACGGGCUGAGCGCAGCAGAGUGCGACGAUCUCAUGGCGAGGGUCAAAGCAGUGCUGGCCACUUUUGGCAUCGAGCACUGCACCGUGCAGCCCGAGUUCCUCGCCUCGGACGGUUCGGGAGCAGUGCGGUCAGUCUGCAGCUUCUGCUGCGGGCAGGAGUGUGCGGAGAAGCUCUGCUGCUCACCGCAGGGGGAUGAUCCCCAUAUUCCCAAGACGGGGAGUCCUGUCUGUGUCCAGGAGGAGAAACCCUGCUCUCCAGCGCCACCGUGUGUUGAUGAGAUCAGAGAUGUGAUUAUUGAGAACACGUACCUGUGAUUGAACAAGGUUGUUGUUAUUUUUGUGAACUGACAGCCUGUAAUUACUGUACAUGAUGAGACUCCAGCAAUAAACAUUUUUAAUAAAUGCAAAAUUAGUUGAGUUUAUCACUACGGAGACUAAACACUGGUUUAUUCAGAACUAAAGCACUGAGGAGAGGAUCAUAACAAAAUAAUUUCUAAAUCUGUAACAAGUAAAGCCAACUGCAGCUGUCAUAUUUGAUACACAAGGCCUCCAAAUGAUCAACGUGAUCAAAACUUGACUGAAAAACCUGUUGCACACAAUCUGCUACAUCAUGCCUUCUGUUGUCUGAUUCAUAGUUUAGUCUUUUUAGCAACUAAAAGUCCUUUUAGUUUACAAAUGCUUUUGGUUCAUGUGUUUUUUUGCUGUUAAAUCCUUGACUUUUAUGAAGUAAACAUAAGAGUAACUUUUAUUUUGUCAGUAGGCUAAUAUUUCAAGUAGUGCUGUCAAACGAUUAAUCAUGAUUAAUCGCAUCCAAAAUAAAGGUUUUUGUGUUUACAUAAUAUAUAUGUGUGUA